AAAACUCACGCAAUGUUACUCAAGCGUUCUCAGUUUUAGUUCGGACUUCAGCUGCAUCGGUCACGUUCGAUACGUUGGGAAAAUAUCGUCGGACACAACGCGAGAAAGUCGGAGCUCAAUAUGAGACUGUUUCUUGUAGUACUACUGGCUACUUUGGCGCUGUCGCAGCCCUUGGUCAAGGAGGAAAUUCUGGCUAAGGAGUAUCUGGAAAAUCUUAACAAGGAGAUUGCCAAGCGAACCAAUGUCGAAACCGAGGCCGCCUGGGCAUAUGGAUCCAACAUCACCGAUGCGAAUGAGAAGAAAAAGAAUGAAGUGUCCGCCGAGUUGGCCAAGUUCAUGAAGGAGGUGGCCAGUGACACCAACAGGUUCCAGUGGCGCAGCUUCCAAUCGGAGGACCUCAAGCGCCAGUUCAAGGCGUUGACCAAACUUGGAUAUGCGGCACUGCCAGAAGCCGAUUACGCCGAAUUCCUGGAAACGGUCUCCGCCAUGGAGUCGAACUUCGCCAAGGUCAAGGUCUGCGACUUCAAGGACAAGACCAAGUGCGACCUGGCCCUAGAUCCGGACAUCGAGGACGUGUUCAGCAAAAGCCGUGACCACGAGGAACUGGCCUACUACUGGCGCGAGUUCUACGACAAGGCCGGAACCGCCGUGCGAUCCCAAUUCGAGCGCUACGUGGAGCUGAAUACUAAGGCAGCCAAACUGAACAACUUUACCUCUGGGGCCGAGUCGUGGUUGGAUGAGUACGAGGACGAGACUUUCGAGCAGCAGUUGGAGGACAUCUUCGCCGAGAUUCGUCCGCUGUACCAGCAGAUCCAUGGAUAUGUGCGCUACCGCCUGCGACAGCACUAUGGUGAAUCUGUGGUCUCUGAGAAGGGACCCAUUCCCAUGCACCUUUUGGGAAAUAUGUGGGCGCAGCAGUGGUCCGAGAUCGGAGACAUUGUAUCGCCAUUCCCCGACAAACCCGUCGUCGAUGUGAGUGAAGAGAUGGAGAAGCAGGGACUCACUGCUUUAAAGAUGUUCCAAAUGGGCGAUGAAUUCUUCACGUCCAUGAACCUCACCAAGCUGCCGCAGGACUUCUGGGACAAGUCGAUCAUUGAGAAGCCCACCGAUGGUCGGGAUCUCGUUUGCCACGCCAGUGCCUGGGACUUUUACCUGACCGACGAUGUGCGCAUCAAGCAGUGCACCCGAGUAAACCAGGGUCAGCUCUUCACCGUCCACCACGAACUGGGCCACAUUCAGUAUUUCCUGCAGUAUCAGCACCAGCCGUUUAUCUACCGCACUGGUGCCAAUCCCGGAUUCCAUGAGGCCGUCGGCGAUGUCCUCUCCCUGUCCGUGUCUACCCCCAAGCAUCUGCAGAAGAUUGGCCUGCUGAAGGACUAUGUUCGCGAUGAGGAGGCUCGCAUCAACCAGCUGUUCCUCACCGCCCUCGACAAGAUCGUAUUCCUGCCCUUCGCCUUCACCAUGGACAAGUAUCGCUGGUCGCUGUUCCGCGGUGAGGUCGAUAAGGCCAACUGGAACUGCGCCUUCUGGAAGUUGAGGGAUGAGUACUCCGGCAUCGAGCCACCAGUGGUGCGCAGCGAGAAGGACUUUGAUGCCCCGGCCAAAUAUCACGUAUCCGCAGAUGUCGAGUACCUAAGGUACCUGGUCUCCUUCAUCAUCCAGUUCCAGUUCUACAAGUCCGCUUGCAUCAAGGCUGGCCAGUAUGAUGCCACCAAUCCGGAACUGCCCCUGGAUAACUGUGAUAUCUACGGAAGUGCUGCAGCUGGUGCUGCUUUCCACAACAUGCUGUCCAUGGGCGCCUCAAAGCCGUGGCCCGAUGCACUGGAAGCCUUUAAUGGAGAACGCACCAUGACUGGAAAGGCGAUUGCCGAAUAUUUUGAGCCACUGCGCGUUUGGCUGGAGGCGGAGAAUAUCAAGAACAAUGUCCACAUUGGCUGGACCACUUCAGAUAAAUGUGUGUCUUAAGUGAAUUGAUUUUCGUGUUUUCACACACUUCUUUGCUCAAUAAAGAUUCAUAAUGCCUCACUGGUUACAAUA